AUGACAAAAUCAGCAACAAAAAAGUAUGUCGGUUAUAGGUAUCGAAAUGCUUAUAUAGCAACACAAGGUCCACUUCCAGAAACCACUGAAGAUUUCUGGAGAAUGUUAUGGGAACAUAAUUCUAAUAUAGUUGUUAUGCUCACAAAAUUAAAAGAAAUGGGAAGGGAUAAAUGUCAUCAGUAUUGGCCAAGUGAGAGAUCUCAGCGUUACCUGUACUUCGUAGUAGAUCCAAUAACAGAAUAUAAUAUGCCACAAUACAUACUUAGAGAAUUCAAAGUAACAGAUGCGAGGGAUGGUCAAUCUCGUACAAUUCGACAGUUUCACUAUAUUGAUUGGCCAGAGCAGGGCGUGCCUAAAUCUGGAGAUGGAUUUAUAGAUUUCAUUGGUCAAGUACAUAAAACAAAAGAACAGUUUGGUCAAGAAGGACCAAUUACUGUACAUUGCAGUGCUGGAGUUGGUCGAAGUGGUGUAUUUAUUACAUUAAGCAUAGUUUUAGAAAGAAUGCAAUACGAAGGAGUAGUGGACAUGUUUCAGACUGUCAGAACUCUUCGAACUCAAAGGCCAGGGAUGUUACAGACUGAGGACCAGUAUCAAUUUUGCUACAGAGCUGCUCUCGAAUACUUAGGUUCAUUUGACCAUUAUGCAAACUGAAGUUAUCACACUGCCUGUUUUUCAUGACAAAAUCAGCAACAAAAAAGUAUGUCACCAAAUUAUCAUCAUUUCAGUGAACAAAUCAGUUUAUUUAAAAUUCAACAUGAUUAUUCAAGUCACAAUUGAAGAAGAAAACAUUAAUAUUCUGCAGCAAGAUUUACAAUGGAUAAAUUACUUGAGUCACAGAAACUCAACUUCUCAAAUGUGAAAUACCUCUAAACAUAGACUACUAAAAUACAAAUUAUAGCAGAAACUUAUCAUAGAUACAUAUAUUAUUAUUAUUUUUAUUUUUUGUUGACAAUUUCAAAUUGCACAGUGAACAUAGGUGCUGAUAUAUAAAAUCAUUAUUUGUUGUCUGUUAAAAGGCAGCAGGAUCCCAUUCCUUCCAUGUGGCAUAUUGUCACACUUAUAUAAGCCUUGUCAAGUUCCUUAUAAGUCAUUCUUUAAAAAAAGAAAACAUGUUCAGAUUUACUGAAGAUAUCAUCAUCAUCAUCAUCAUCAUCACCGUCAACCACCACCACCACCAUCAAAUAUUCUAAAUGUUCACAUUUUGUUAAUAGAUAUAUUUGAGUGCUUUGCCAGUGAGAUCUCAUCAUUUCCAGGCAAUUUAAUAUUUUAUAGCUCAAAGUGAAUUCUGCAGCAUUCAACAAUUUUCGGAAUAGAUUGUAUCGUGUCGUGUAUUGAAUUAUAUCAUCUCAAGAAAAUAUCCGCAAAAGAAAUACUUCUCAGAAAGCUUUGGAGAUGGUUUUUGAAUGUACAGACAAUCAUUUUAAAUCAUUAUUUGUAAAAGGAAACUUCUGUAUCACUGGUGGACCAUGUGUUAUACAAAAUUAAAAAAAAAAUGGAAUAUUUGGGUUUGCUUUCUAAAUUUUGAAGCCAAAAUUAAGUGUUUUAAAUCAAGAAAAAAAAUAAUAAAAGAGAAAGACGAUUGUGAAGAUGAUUAACGAUAAAGAAUUACUUUUACUUCUUUUAUGGAAAUGAUUUUUUCAUAAUAUACAUUUUAUUAAAAAUGUCUCAGUAAACGAAAGUUAUUAAAGUUACAAAGUGAUUGUGACUACUGAUAAUAAAAAUUGAUUAAAUAUUUAA